CCCCUUGGCAGGCUUCGGCGCUUCCCAAACCGCUCUUGGAUUCCCACUUCGGGCUUUGUUCCAGGCCUCGUCACCCCGCAGGAAGUGCAUGCAGUCCGUGGCCGUCGAGGAUGGACAAGGAUCUUGGUUGAUAUGAUGCCAUGCAUCGAGAGACCGCGAUCGGCGUUUCGUGCCAGAAAUCUUAUAUGUUGGAACAUGGCCGGUCGUCGAAGCGUCGAGCUGAGAUCUAGUCCUUGAGUUUUAUCGCGAAGAUGGCUGGAUACCGCCUUGGAGUUGACGUUGGUGGCACAUUUACCGAUGUGUGCAUCAUCACGCCAGAUGGCAAAACUGUGCGCGCAAAAACGUUGACCAAUACGUCUGAUCAAAGUAUCGGAGUUCGAGAAGGCGUGGACAAGGCUCGGAAGAUUCUCGAGGCCGAGUACAACUUCCCUAAGGAUGGGAAGUUCGACUACAUCCACCACGGAACCACCACCGCGACCAAUGCCGUCCUCGAAGGCAAAGGCGCAAAAGCCGGCCUAGUCGUCACCGCUGGACACAAGGAUAUCCUCACCGUGAGGCGCUCACAGAUCCCAGGUGGACUCGGUGCUUGGAUCAACUAUCAACAGCCCGAGCCCAUCGUGCCUCUAGAGCGAACCGUAGAGGCUGUCGAGCGUGUGACGAUUGGUGGCGAGGUCUUCAAGCCUUUAGACGAGAAAGCGUUCCGUGAAAGCCUUGCAGAUCUGAAGCGCCAGAAGCCAGAGGCCGUCGCUAUCAGCUUGCUCAACUCCUUCAGCAACAACAUCCACGAGAACAAGAUUCGAGAAAUCAUACACGAUGAGUUUGGUCCUGACGUCGAGGUGGUCACAAGCACAGAUGUGCUCCCUGAGAUUCAAGAGUACGAGCGAACGGUCACGACAACGGCGAAUGCCGUCGUAAAACCGGUAGUCAAGCGAUACAUGAAAAAUCUACAGACCAUGCUCGCUGCUGACACAGAUGUCCUUCGAAUUCUAAAGUCCGACGGCGAUUUGACGUCCGUCAACAUUGCUGGAGAGCUUCCGGUCAACAUCCUGAUGUCUGGCCCGGCUGGUGGCGUUAGAGGCGUGUCACACCUGGUUGCGAACAACACUCCAUACAAGAAUCUAAUUACGCUUGACAUGGGCGGCACUUCAACGGACUGUGCGCUGUUGAACAACUCAGCCACCGUGAUUCGCAGAGAAACCCAUGUCGGUCCUCUUACGGUACGGGCUCCUUCCGUCGAUGUCCGUACUGUCGGCGCCGGAGGAGGCUCUAUCGCAGUAUACAAUGAUUUCACGAAGCAGCUUCGAGUCGGACCAGAGUCCAGCGGAGCGAAUCCUGGUCCGGCUGCGUAUGGAAAAGGUGGCAAGCAACCUACGGUCACCGACGCCAACCUGGUCAUGGGUCGACUCCCAUCUGAACUUCUUGGUGGCUCCUUCAAACUAGACGUCGAUGCGUCCACCAAGGCUGUGGAGUCCAUUGCAAACCAGAUGGGCAUGAACGUGUACGAUGCGGCUGAAGGUAUCAUCGACCUUGUAAACGAGUCGAUGCACGGCGCACUGCGUCUCGUAUCCGUUGAGCAAGGUUUUGAUCCUAGAGACUUUGCUCUGACUGUCUUCGGUGGUGCUGGCCCAAUGCACGGGAAUGCUUUGGGAAAGCUACUGGGUGCAUGGCCCGUCAUCAUUCCUCCCUCGCCAGGUAUUCUGUGUGCUCAAGGUGAUGCCACUACAAAGAUGAGCCACGAGGCAAGCUGCACAUACAUCAGGCUCUUCUCUGACAUUACUACGGAAGACCUUGGUAGCUCUCUUUCGGAACUGAAGGAGGCCUGCAUGAAAACCAUGAAAGAAGCCUUGCCAAACUCCGACAUACCUCUCAAGGUCUUGUAUCAGAGCGACAUGCGCUACAAGGGUCAGGCCAUGACUCUCACGGUGGACUUCUCCGAAGAGGAGCUCGGAGACACUAGCACGCUGUUGCAAACGCUGCGCAAAAAGUUCGGCGGAAUGCAUGAACAGCAGUUCGGUUUCUCGCUCGAAACCGCCGAGCUUGAAACGAUGCGACUACGCGCCAAGGUUAUCGACGGCUCCGAAGAAGUGGCGAUCAAGGCGAUCGAGGAGGCGUCCAGCAGCGAGCCGCCAGCCGACGCGGUGAUGAACAAGCAAAACAUCUACUACGAGGGAAAGCACGUCGAGGCCACGUUCUGGGAUCGCAGCAAGAUCACAAAGAAGGGUAUCAAGAUACAAGGCCCCGCGGUCAUCACCGAGAUGGACUCGAACACGCUCAUCUUGCCGGGCUAUUACGCUGAGGUCGACUCGAUGGGCAAUCUGCUCAUCUGGCCCGUGGACAAGAAGACGGAAGAGAAGGUGCAGCACACAGCAGAGUCGGCUAAGAAGCUGAUCCAAGAGUCGCCUUUGAUUCCAACACUGAUCUCGUCGGCGCUGGGCUCCAUCCGCCGAGAGAUGGACACCUUGAUGCUUCGUUGCGCCAUGUCUCCGGCGAUUCGUGAACAGCAGGACGAGUUCAACGUCAUUACCAAUACCCGGGGCCAGAUGCUGGUUGGCCAGUUCGGCUCGUUCAUCACGCAAUUCCUCAACGGCUGGAAGGGCACGAUCGAAGAGGGAGACAUCUUUGUCACCAACGACGUCUACCAGAUCGACGGGGCAGUCUCUCAUCUGAACGACGUCAUCAUCCUGCUGCCGAUUCAUUAUCAGCACAAGCUCAUCGGCUGGGCCGCUAACUUCGGCCAUCUCACGGACGUGCAGGGCAAGGUGCCCGGCAGCAUGAGCAUCAACGCCACCACCAUUUUCGAGGACGGGCUCCAGAUCCCCAUCGUCAAGCUGUACGAGAAGGGCGUGCACAACAAGGGCCUAAUGGACCUGUUCUGCCGCAAUUCGCGCCAGCCGGACUGGUUCCAGAGCGACGUCAUCGCGCUGGUGGCCGCGUGCAAGACGGCGGCGGCGCGCGUUUGCGAGCUUUGCGAUCGUUAUGGCUACGAGGUCUACCAGGCCGCCACGGACGACUUGCUCGCGCAGAACCGCGCGGCAAUCAAGACGAUCAUAGACGAAAAGAUUGGCAACGAGGCAUCCACGUUCACUGAUUUCAUCGACGACGACGGCAACGGUGUCGGUCCGUACGGCAUAACGUGCACGAUGCAGAAGAAGGGCGAAAAGCUCGUCUUCGACUGGACCGGCACGUCUCCACAAUCCAACACCAGCAUGAACUAUUAUCUCUCCAUCACCAUGUUCAAGAUGUUCAUAGGGUACUAUCUGCUUGCCGUGUACGAUCCGCACUGCGUCGUGAACGACGGCUUUCACGACCUGCUGGAAAUUAUCAUCCCCGAAGGCACCAUCCUGCGACCCGUCCGCCCCGCCGCCGUAAGCUGCCGCACCCAUCUGCUGGGCCGCGUCAUGGACGUGAUGCAGGCGCUCUUCGGUCAGCGCAACCCGGCGUACCGCUGCGCGGCCGGCUUCUCGGACUCGCCUCACUUGUUCUACUCCGGCUUCAAGCCGGACGGCGAGUGGUUCCUGCUGUACCAGAUCGGCUUCGGCGGCGUGCCGGCACGCCCGAUCGGCGACGGGCCGGACUGCCACUGCCUGUUCCCCUGCAUCAAGUCCGUCCCGACCGAGAACAUCGAGCUGUACUUCCCGCUCAUCAUCGAGGCCAACGAGGCCAUCCCGGACUCGGGCGGCGCCGGCUACUUCCGCGGAGGCAACGCCCAGCGCACCCUGUACCGCUUCUUGUCCGAAGGCGAGGUCAGCAUCCACGACGACCGCUGGUUCAUCAAGCCGUGGGGCGUCAACGGCGGCAAGCCCGGCUCGCUGUCUCGCAAAGCGCUCUGGAGAGGCGACAGCUUCGGCAAAGAAGGCGCGGUGCCCGAGCUCCUCCCCAGCAAGUGCGACCACGUCCGCGUCAAGCCCGGCGACGUCCUCGAGUGGUGCACGUGGGGCGGCGGAGGCCUAGGGGACCCCCUCACCCGACCGGCCGAGAUCGUCGCCGCAGAGGUCCAUCGCAAGCUGGUGACCUUCGAAGGCGCCGCCAAGAACUACGGCGUCGUCGUCCGCCCGAGCGACUUCUCUGUCAACGUCGGCGCAACCGAAGAGCUCAGGGAGAAGAUGCGCGGCAGCAGGGACCCGGCCGCGUGGGAAGACGCGAAGACGGGUUACAACCGCGGCGGUUCGUUCAAGGAGUGGCUUGCGUCGUGCGAGAGGGAGACGGGCAUGAAGGCGCCAAAGCCGCAAUGGGAGCAGCCGCUCUAUGGCCCCCAUGUCGCGCUGCCUUAUGUCAAGGAGUGGUACAAGAAGAUGAAGGAAACAGGCGGCUGGGUCCUAGAUGACGCAGGGAAGCUCUAAGACCGCGCGCUCUGUGCGAGCGGUUCACGCUCAAGGAGAUUUAGCAGUGCCUCAGGCGAUUUUAAUCACUUUGAAAUGAUCGAAUUCAAAGAUUUUCACAAAGC